GGCCAGGAGCCCGACCCUGACCCGCCGCUGCUGGAACUCGGCCCACUUUUUUCUUGGACUACGGAGCCUGAGGGUGACGGCCCCGCAAGUUGCCCGCACAGCGCGUCUGUCCCCGCGCAGGAUUUUAGCCGCAGCCACCACCUGAGGGGCGAGGUCGAUUUUUUCCCUUCCUUCCCCUCGCCCACGGUGGGCGAGCCGGCGCUGGAGGUGGGUCCCGGGGACCCCGACCGGCCCUCGGACUUCAGCCAGACCCUCCCCCUAGCGAGCGAGUCCUCGGGGUGUCCGGAGGAUGGCCCCCGCCUCCGGGCCGUGUUCGAUGCCCUGGACGGGGAUGGGGACGGCUUCGUCCGCAUCGAGGACUUCGUCCAGUUCGCCACCGUCUACGGGGCAGAGCAGGUGACGGACUUAACAAGGUACUUGGAUCCCAGUGGACUCGGUGUGAUUAGCUUCGAAGACUUCUACCGGGGGAUCACAGCGAUCAGGAGCGGAGCAGAUCCUGAUGGCCAGCUCUGCAGCGUCACCUCAGCCCCCGACGAGGAGCCACCCGCCUGCCCCGAGGAGUUCGACGACUUUGUUACCUUUGAGGCCAACGAGGUGACAGACAGCGCAUACAUGGGCUCCGAGAGCACCUACAGCGAGUGUGAGACCUUCACGGACGAGGACACGGGCACCUUGGUGCCCCCUGAGUGCCUGGAUGCCACGGAGGAGCCCAGCCACGGCGCCCUGCUGCUGCUCCCAGGCAGAUCCCACCUGCAUGGCCAGUCCAUCGUCGCGGUGAUAGGCGGCGAGGAGCAUUUCGAGGACUAUGGUGAGGGCAGCGAGGCGGAGCUGUCCCCCGAGACCGUCUGCAACGGGGAGCACGGCUGCAGGGACCCUGUCUUCCUUAUCCCCAGCGCUGACCCGCUUGCUGCCAAGCUGCACAGCAUCCUCACUGAUGAGGCUUUUGAGUUUUACUGUAGCCAGUGCCACAAACAAAUCAACCGCCUUGAGGAUCUGUCUGCUCGCCUGAGUGAUCUUGAAAAGAAUAGUCCAACGAAGCGGCUGUCCAGCAAGAAGGUGGCAAGGCACCUACACCAGUCGGGGGCCCUGACCAUGGAGGCCCUGCAGGACCCUGCCCCAGACCCCACAGAGUGCAUGGAAGAGGACAUUGCUGACAAGGUUGUCUUCCUGGAGAAGCGAGUGUCAGAGCUGGAAAAGGACACGGCUGCAAGUGGGGAGCAGCACAGCCGGCUGAGGCAGGAGAACCUGCAGCUCGUGCACAGAGCCAAUGCCUUGGAGGAGCAGCUGAAGGAGCAGGAGCUGAGAGCCUGUGAAAUGGUUCUGGAAGAGACGCGCAAGCAGAAGGAACUCCUGUGCAAGAUGGAGCGGGAGAAGAGCAUCGAGAUCGAGAACCUGCAGGCCAGGCUGCAGCAGCUGGACGAGGAGAACAGUGAGCUGAGGUCCUGCACGCCCUGCCUGAAGGCCAGCAUCGAGCGCCUGGAGGAGGAGAAGCAGAAGUUGCUGGAUGAGAUCGAGGAGUUGUCGCUGCGGCUCAGCGAUGAGCAGGAGAACAGGAGGAAGCUGGGGGACAGACUGAGCCAUGAGAGGCACCAGUUCCAGAGGGACAAAGAGGCUACCCAGGAGCUGAUCGAGGACCUGCGCAAGCAGCUGGAGCAUCUGCAGCUCUUCAAGCUGGAGGCAGAGCAGAGGAGGGGCCGGAGCAGCAGUGUGGGCCUGCAGGAGUACAACAGCCGCACGCGGGAGAGCGAGCUGGAGCAGGAGGUCCGAAGGCUGAAGCAGGACAACCGCAGCCUGAAGGAGCAGAAUGAUGAGCUCAAUGGGCAGAUCAUCAACCUGAGUAUCCAGGGCGCCAAGAACCUCUUCUCCACGUCCUUCUCUGAGUCCCUGGCCGCAGAGAUCAGCUCUGUCUCUCGAGACGAGCUCAUGGAAGCGAUCCAGAAGCAGGAAGAGAUCAACUUCCGCCUGCAGGACUACAUCGACAGGAUCAUUGUGGCCAUUAUGGAGACCAACCCGUCCAUCCUGGAGGUCAAGUAGAGGCAGGAAGGCCCCGCCCCCACUGCAUUCAGGACUCACCGCAGCACACACACACAGGCAGAGACCAGAGGUCCCACGCUGACCACCGGAGCACGCAACUGGGCAGGGGCAGGGGGAGGAGAGACGCCGGGACUGAGCUCACAGCAGCUCUCUGUGCAGAGGUGGGGACAGUCUCUCAGUCUAGGGGUGAGCCUCUCUGACUUCUCAACUACUUCCUGCCUUGUCAGGGAAAGAAGGUAGGAAGGAAAUGGGUCCCUGCUGGGGGUGCUGCUACCUGUGCCUGCACAGGCCCCCUGACCUGGUGCCGCCCAAGCCUUGGCCGCUCCUGGAGGGUGUAGAGGCCCCAGGACCCUGGCACCAGACAUGGUGGAGUGGGGAAGGCAGGUGGGCGAUGCCAGUGAGAGUCAGGGUCUGACCAGGAACUGCAGGGACCCCCCAGCUUUCGUGGGGCUGCUCAGGCCACCACCCAUCCAGAAGGCACCUUGGUCCAGCUUCAGGCCCAGGGGCCCUUCAGGCCACACAGCUUUGCCCUCGCUGCAGUAACUCUCAGGGGCUCUGACUUGAGAAUCCAACAGGGUGGAAUGUGCUGUCUGGCCUGGUGGGUGUCACUGGUCCCUGCCGAGUCUGGGGAUGCAGGCAGGGCUGAGGCAAGGUGCUGCCUCCCCAGGGGUGUGUCCCCCUUCCCUGUGCGGACCUCGGCUGUCUCUGGGGAAGCCCAGGUUUCCUAGGUCUGAACCACAUCUCUUCGGGAGGUUUGAAGUCUUUAGAAGUUCUCGUGCCUCCCCGAGGUGCAUUUUGCAGGAGGCUGGGCAGGGCAGGUUCUCCAGGUACACAGAUCAAGGCCUUCCUGGUGGCUUGGGGUUCCUUUAAGGAAGCCCCUGCCCGGCGCCUGCACUGCCAGGAGCAGCAGCGUCACUCCACGGGGUCUGCUGGGCCUGCCCCCCACCCCAAGCCUGAGCACUGGCCAGGAGCCUCCGGGUGCUCCCAGGUGGGCCAUAACCCUGCACACAGGCUGGCCACUGCUGUGUGUGAGCACGUAUGUGAGGGUGUGUGUAUGCGUGCGUGUGUGUGUGAGCAUGUGUGGCCCUGUGUCCCUCCACCCUCACGUGGCCCACCUUCUACACUAAGAUUUAAGACGUUGCCUCGUAUUGUACAUUUUGGGGAAAGCCUUGGGUGUAAAUCAGUGUAAACUUGGAGGAGAGAUUUUUCUAUCAUGUAGAGUAGGUAUUUUUUAUAGAUUGAAGGUUGAUCAAUUUUUUAAUACUUCCAAGAGAGAAAACUAUCUGUGUAUACACAUGAAAUAUAUAUAUGUAUGAUAAUAAACACUGGAACUCUGCUUCCUGCCCUGCUGCGCCCUGCCACGCA